CGUGUAUCGAUCUCGUGGAGUCGGUAGAUGACGUCUCGGCACACUCACUUGGCUGCUCUGCCGAGCGCACGGACGGACGAGUGGCGGUUCCCCGACACACCCUGACCAUCAUGACAACCAAUGUAUCCUAUGGAGGCCUUUCGGUAGACACAACAGACAAGUCCAAAGAUGAUUCCGUCCCCAUGGUAACGAGUGAAUACAUUACAAUAUCGGCCGCCAUGAACCACCUAACAACAACUAUAAUGUCCGCUGUUACCAACGCAACUAAUAUUAGCAACAUCGUCCAUAAUAUCACAGUGGUGGAGGAGAGCAAAGUUAUCUGUACACCGCCAGCGUACCACGAAUUUCCUCCAGAUGCCUUUAACAACUUUCAAAGAGCUCACGGAGCCAUCUUUUUCCACCUUAUACUCGUCGUAUACAUGUUCAUCGCCCUCGCCAUCGUGUGUGACGAGUACUUCGUCACGUCUCUAGACAAGAUUUGUCAGAAACUUGGCAUGAGUGAAGAUGUAGCUGGGGCAACCUUCAUGGCGGCUGGAAGUUCAGCGCCGGAACUCUUUACCGCCAUUAUCGGUGUGUUCAUCACCAAAGGAGACGUUGGGAUCGGUACGAUAGUGGGCUCGGCUGUCUUCAAUAUCCUCUUUGUUAUAGGCGUGUGUGGGGUUCUUGUAGGCGAGGUGAUCACGCUGUCCUGGUGGUCUCUGUGUCGAGACUCUGUCUACUACGCGUUUGCCGUCGUUGUUCUCAUACUGGUGGUGUGUGAUGGGAAAGUCACGUGGUAUGAAUCGGUCAUCAUGCUGGUGCUUUACGUAUUGUAUAUCGUAAUCAUGCGUUUUAACAUCCACAUUCAAGCAUGGGUAACAAAGAAGUUAGAUCGGAUUGUACAAUCUAAUAUUCUUCCAAUGAAUGGUACUGCCAAGACCUUUCAGGGUGAUUACGAGGUGUUUACUGACGAUGACGAUGAUGUAUUCAUGAAAACUUCAGAAAAUCAGGUGUCGCGACGAGAAACGGAGAUGCCGCCCGAUGAAUACGCCAAAAGUACGCAGAUCAAGCCUGGGUUCAUCGAUUUUAUCUGGCGGCUAAUGAUGAUGAAGCGAUUUAAGCCAAAGACGAGGUUUAUGGCGGCGGCAUACUUAAUCCUAUCUUAUAGACGGCGUAUGCUGCAGGAUGAGGCCUAUAUAAAGAGACAACAGUUCCGUAAAAUGGCUCAUAAGUCUAGUGUUAUUUCCUAUACUCGCACGAUAAGGGGCUGGUUUAAUGUGACGCUCGAAGGAGACGACUAUGAUUGGUGGAGAAAAGUUCCUAAUAUAGAGGAAGGUAUUUGGAAUUAUGCAAAGUGGGCCACGCAGUACCCUAUUCGCACUCUAUUGUAUUAUACGAUACCAGACUGUCGUAAAGAGAGAUGGGACCACUGGUUUAUGGGCACGUUUGUCUUAUCAAUAGUGUGGAUCGCACUCUUCUCCUACGUAAUGGUGUGGAUGGUAACUGUUAUCGGUUAUACUCUGAGCAUCCCCGAUAGCGUAAUGGGUAUCACAUUCCUGGCGGCCGGUACUAGCAUCCCUGACGCUAUGGCUAGCGUGUUCGUGGCUAAACAAGGUCUGGGUGAUAUGGCAGUUUCCAACCUGCUAGGCAGCAAUGUGUUUGAUAUUCUGCUAGGCCUUUCCUUGCCAUGGUUCCUAAAGACAGGGGUAGCGUAUGCUGGGACUACGGUCCACAUAAACAGUAACGGGAUGCUAUACUCAAUAUUUCUUUUAUUUCUUACAGUUAUAGUAACAAUCGGAGUCCUUAAGUACACCGGAUGGAGGUUGAACAGAUUCGUUGGAGUGAUAUGCCUUUUUGUAUAUGCCAUAUAUUUGUUAUUUUCUGUAAUGAUAGAGUGCAAUGUGUUCGGGUUCGUCAAUCCUCCAAUGUGUGUAUGAUGAAUACGGCGUAAUUUGAGGUAUAGUUUCCAUAGCAACCGUAUGUAUACUGUCUCCAUUGGGAUCAUUCAAAGGCAGUUGAAGAAGGCGACUUUACGAAGGAGAGCUCGGUAGGGCUUCGGAAAUAUAUAAAGAAGUCGAUAAAACUCUACGACCUUAUAUACUGAGGUGAAAUCUGCUUUUGCAGUUAUCAUUUAGAAAAGCUGAAAAUCGAAGGUGAUGUUAAAAAGGGAAGGUUAAUUUUAGGAAAACUACAUCAUUUAUGCCAGGUUUCAUGUGAGGUGGUUGUCACUUUCUCACAGGUUACCUAUAACAGUAACACAAAUCUAGCCUACUGGCCCUUAUGCCAAAGCUCAACUCUUUUAAGACUUUAUAUCGUAUUCCAUUGAAAUUGCGUAAGAUUUUGUACUUGUAUUCAGUUUCAUUUGAAAAUAUUUCACAUUUACCCACAUCUUUUUUGUUCAUCCAAGUUUGUAGAACGAGUCCAUGAUUCUAAUAAAAUGUGUAUAUACCACAACUGUCAGCUACGGACAUCGUAUAAAAGAAUUGGCUCCAUCUUUGUAUCUAUUCUAAAACAGGACAUUUCCGUCCAUUACGUUUCUUAACUUUGAAAAAAAGUGAUAUGCAUAACUGUUUAUGAUUUAUCGGUAAGAACACCUGGGUAUAUUUAUUAUUAAAAGACUAUCAAACAUUUUAGAGAAUACAGCGGUUUACGUAGUUAAGUGUUUGUCUAGUGAGCCACGAUACAUUUGAUCCCUUUUGUUAAUCAACUGUGGUUUGUUAAUUAAGGUCUUCGAUAUACAUGUUUACAUUUAUUCUGACAACAUGCAUACACUAUGUACAGGAUUUAAUAUCCAUUGAAAGCUCAUAAUGCAAUAUACGUCAUCUUAGUUAUAAUUUUAUAACUCCAUUCAUUUUUUAAAACACUAUUUCUAUCUUUGGCAUUUCCAAUGUUAUCUAGUUCAUACUUAAAUGAUUUAACUGUCACUCUGCCCUCCCCGUUCGAUAGGAGAUUACUGUCACUCUACCCACCCCGUUCGAUAGGAGGUUACUGUCACUCUGCCCUCCCCGUUCCAUAGGAGGUUACUGUCACUCUGCCCACACCGUUCGAUAGGAGGUUACUGUCACUCUGCCCACACCGUUCGAUAGGAGGUUAUUAUACACAUCAACCAUGCGCUGUGUGAAGGAAUAUAAGAGAUACCAACCUGUCUAAUUCAGCAUGAGAUUAUAGGCCAGUGGUCGGUGGUGUCCACCGCAAAAAGACUGGAGACAUAUAUAUUACUAUGUCGGCAAUGGCAUCGUCCGCCCAGAGGCUUCCGUGCGAUAACUUAAGUUCCCUCGGUCUGAUGAAACUCAAAAUUCAUCCAGAUCUUCCUUAAUAAAAGUGCUUGCUUGGGAUUGCUUUUAAGCUCGAUAGAUCGAAGGUUAAGAUCGCUGUUAUUGAAAAAAAGAAAAUUCGUUUCCUUGUGAUAACUCAAAUUGCUUUUGUCCCAUCAAACUCAAUUUUCACGCAGUUUUUCUUUACCACAAGUGCUUGUAUUGGAUUGUUUUUACUGAUCCAAAGGUCAAAGUCACUGUUACUGUAUCUUUACCACCCGAAUAUCUGAACAGGCGAUACCUCCACUGCUGUGGUAUUCCUGUUUACAAUAGUUGUUUUUUUGCAGUCAUUUAUGUACGCUAUGACCGUAAAUAAAACAAUAAGCCUUACAUAAUAAAUAUACUAUAACAAUAUAACAAAACAUAAUUAGUAAUUAGCACUACUUAUUGUGUAAGUAUACAAAGUACAUUGUAUCUUAUUUUGUUAAUGUUACGUUUUGUAUAGAUUAACUACAUUACCAGUACACGACAGAGUUAUAGAUGAUAUCAUCAUCACGCCUUUUUACAAUCACUCUCAGUCUACCGUGUUCUGUGAGUAAUUUCGUCUGAUUACCGGCUCAGUCUCUGGGGGUUCCUAUUGUGGUGAGUACUUAGUUAGUAUUCCUCAAUAUGUCUGUAAUUGUUGCAGGACAGGUUCAAUCAUAUAUAAACAAAUCUUAUUAGAAUUUAUUCUCAACGAGAUUGUCUAUUUCUUGUUGGAAUGUACAUCUUAAAGAAACACGGGGAUAUAGAACCUGAAUUGUUCUGAAUUAAAACUACAUUUGUAAACGAAAUAUUCGAUCGAAAUAAGAGCAUAAUUACUGGGGUAUUGGAUGUGGAAUUAUAUUUCAUAGUCGCCUGGAUACUCACUGAUAAACGACCACACAUAUCACAUGGUAUAGUUAUGAAGUUAUCAGUCCAGACGCUGUGCAAUCGCAAGUCUGUAAUGGUGCUUCUGUACUUUUUAUUUUAUUUUUUCAUUGUAAUCUCUUAUUCUUCUGAUUAUUAUGUUACCAUUACAUUUUGUAGGUUUAGAGAUUUUUCUGGAAAAGUUUGAUAUCCUUUCCACUUUCCUCUUACCGCUACAAUCACAAGUGUUUAAUAUUAUAUAUGCGCAAUAUCUGGCAUUAUUGUCAUAGUUAGAUAGAAUAUGAUGGCUGUUAUGUAAUAAUUUAUGAUGAAAGUAGAAAAGUGCAUUAAAAAACAUCAACACAGAU